AUUGCUCUUUGGAACAUUUCGGGACGAUGAUGAUCUCCGAUCAUAUGCUACGGAAGGCGGCUGGGAGAGAUGCAACACGCGCUUGCGGGUCAGUCCACCUAAGGUCCGCGCCUACGUCAUACCCCGCUCAUCCCAGCUUAAGAGCUCCAGGCCUUCUGUCCACUCGAAGCAGCACACCCCGACCAUCUCUCUUCUACACCUAAAUCAAUACUUGAACUCUCGACAAACCACUUUCAAACCUACCUCUCUCACUCCACUUUUAUAACUCACUAUGGCCUGGUUCACCAGCACCGAAAAGGCCGCCUCCACGCCCACCGAGCCCAAAACUGAGGGCGGCUCUCGCCUCGGCAUGGGCGCGGAGCAAGACCGCUACGCAUCGCACUUCCAGGUACCCGAAGGCACCGCCGACCGCGUGAGGGAGGGCUUGAAGAACUUCGCUAGCAAGAAAGGCAACGGCGCGGAGCAGGAUCGGUACGCGUCGCACUUCGGCCUCGACAGCGACCCCGUUGCCGCCGCCGCGAGGUGGCUUGCGAACCAGCAGGGUGGCGUGUCCGGCGCGGAGCAGGAUCGUUACGAUGCGUGGUUCGGGCUUGGGCAUGACGGGUGGACGAGAGCGAGACACCUGGCUAGCACACAGGGUGUGGGCGCUGAGCAGGACCGCUACGGAUCGCAUUUCUCUAUCGACACUGGAUCGGUAAAGAGGGCGGCGUUGUCGGUGGAGGAGGGUGUUAAGCAGGCGCGCGACCGGUAGAGUGCGUCGAUGAUGAAUUUGGAUUUACUGAGGGUUGGAUAUCACCGCAUACGAACGGCAUCAGAAC